AUGUCCCCCGCUAACAUGUUGAUACAACAGGCGCAAGUGAUAACCAACUCGGGCCAUGAUGACAUGAUUCAUGAUGCCGGACUCGACUACUUUGGGCGGAAGCUUGCAACAUGCUCCUCAGACAAGACAGUCAAGAUAUUUGAAAUCGAGGGAGAAUCACACAAGCUUCUCGAGACACUUAAGGGUCACGAAGGAGCGGUUUGGUGCGUUGCGUGGGCACAUCCAAAAUACGGCACAAUACUAGCAUCUUCCUCCUACGAUGGGAAAGUCCUCAUAUGGCGUGAACAAAGCGUUGGCGGCGGCGCUCACUCCUCAACCUCCUGGAGCCGAGUGUUCGAUUUCUCCCUCCACACUGCUUCCGUAAAUAUGGUAUGCUGGGCACCCCAUGAGCUCGGUUGCUUGCUCGCCUGCGCCUCCUCCGAUGGACAGGUCAGCGUUCUUGAGUUCCGCGAUAAUAGCUGGACACAUCAGAUUUUCCACGCUCACGGACUCGGAGUCAACUCUAUCAGCUGGGCACCCGCCGCCGCCGCGGGUUCAAUCAUAAGCGCCAAUGCUGGUGCAGGACAAUCGAGAAGAUUCGUUACUUGUGGAAGUGACAAUCUCAUAUUCAUAUGGGACUACAACCCUGAGUCCAAAACCUACUCCGCAACGCAAACCCUUCAGGGCCAUACCGACUGGGUGCGUGAUGUAGCUUGGUCCCCUAGCAUCUUGUCCCGAUCCUACAUUGCCUCCGCAUCCCAAGACAAGACUGUACGAAUCUGGACUUCGGAUCCAUCAAACCCUCAGGAAUGGACGAGUGAGAAGCUAGAGUUCGACACUGUUGUCUGGCGCGUCAGCUGGAGCCUAAGCGGUAACAUUCUUGCUGUCAGCGGCGGUGAUAACAAGGUCAGCUUGUGGAAGGAAGAUCUGAAGGGCAAGUGGGAGAAGGUUAAGGAUAUCGAGGAGUGA